CAGUAGACAACUUCCGAACAAAAUGCCCUGUAAUGUAUUUUGACGAGAACUUCCGAUCAAAAUGUCCCUUAUUUGUCUACCGAUGGUCCAAUGAUGGCCUGCCAAGAACAAGACCUCCAUGUUGUCGAAUCUGAGGGUUUAUUCGAUCUCGUUCGCGUAUCAAUAAAUUUUUUAUUUUUAUAAAAAUCAAACAAGACUCUCAUCUGAAUAAGAAGAUGAUCUGGUGACUUCAUCAAUCAUACAAGCAGGACUGAUUCUCUAUCAUCUAUUAAGCCCCCACAACAUUUGAUGUUCUUGUAGCUAGCAUUACGAAACUCAACAAGAGCUGCAUCCUUUUCGUUUUUGAAAGCUAUCUUCUACCCUUGUUCCGAGGUAGUUUCCACGACAACAUCAAUUUCAACUUUUAUUUUCCUCCUCAGACCCGAUCAAUACAUCUAUCACACCGACACCUUCCUCCCACCUAAAAACGCUAGUUGUACUUCUUACCUUAGUUGUACUUCUUACCUUAGUUGUUCUUGUACCUGUAGCAUAGGUAAAAAGCACAUUCAUAAAAAAAAAUGUUGAAUCUCGUGAAGAAAGUGUGCAUCUUGUCUGCGGUGCUUUCGCUGCCUUUGGUGAUGGCCAAACCGAAUAAAACCGAUGAAGAGAAGAUCGCGGAGAUCGAUGAAAAAAUCGCCGCACUCGAAGAAGAACACGACCCGGCAGCCGAUGUCUCCAAAAUGCCCCGAGAAGAACGUAAAAAGCACCAACAAAGGACAUCAGACCUGAAUCGACUUAACAAGAAGAAGUAUACUUAAUUCCUAAUAGUAUGAUGUCUACUGCUUGAUACUUUUUCUUAAUAGGCGCCGGGUGUGAUUGAAUCGUCUUCAUUCUAUUUUUUCAUAAUUUUGAGGUCCACGACUACAAAAUGUAUUUUUCUUCUUGAUACAAGAUACAAGUACACGUAGAAAACUGAAAUUAGGUUUUGAAUGCAGGGCCCUACGCCACACUACACAUUCUAAUUCUAUUUCAAGAUUUAUUUCUCAAAGUACUUAAGUCAAAGAACUUCUCAAUGUUGUUUCUUAUAAUUCUUUUGUGAGUACAACAACAACCCACUACUAACUGCAACAGACAAAAAUUGAUGGGUGGCGGUGCUGAUCCUUUGGGCGGACUUGGUGGUAUGGGAGGUCUCGGUGGUAUGGGAGGCAUGCCUGGAAUGGAUGAGAUGCUGAAAGACCCAAAUUAAGGCUUUCGCUAGUCCACAUCUUUUAAUACAGAUGAUUGGAGGAAAUAAACGUAAUAGUAGAUACAAGGGAUGUAUAUUACAGCCGUAAGAACUAAGUAAAAAUACAAGAAUCUUCUAUAGAGAUCCCUCAAGAACAGUAUGCAUCUUGAUCUCGAGAGAUCCCACAUUUUCUAUUUAGAGAUGCUCCCGCAAGAACAGCACCAGUAAAGCAAACGUAACUAGUAUUUAUAAGAAGGGAUGCAUAUUUAUUAUAUAUAACAAUUGUGUAAUCGGGUAAUGUGCAGGAAAACAUCCCAAUACAAGGGAGAAAGAUAGUCAGGCAUAAAUAUUCUUGCGGGAUCCACCGUCCCAUAGGGAAGAUGAAUUAGUCUUAGUGCAAGCUCUAACCCCAGAAAAUGGAGGAGAUGCUCAACAUGCUCAAGGGUAUGGGAAUUGGCGGUGGAGAUGGCGGGGAAGGUGGUCUAGGUGGCCUUGGUGACCUGUUAAAGGGCUUCGGUGGUGACGAAGGCCUCGGAGGACUAGGAGAAGGCCUCGGAGACCUGGAUGGUCUUUUAGGAAAGGGCAAGGGCGGACCGGGAAGCCUUGGCUCGGACGAUGCUCCAGACGCUACCUCUACCGAAGGUGAAGACGGUGAGUCUGGCGCAGACGAGUUGUAAGGGAUGCCAUCAGAUUUGGUUCUAGAUCUCCUCAGAGCCAGGAGAUAAAGUUGUCAGAAGAUAAUGAUCAGGAUUAUAUUGUUAUCGAAGAUGGACAUCCCUGGUGACCUGGAUCAAGUCACACAGAAGGUAAGAAGGAUCAUCUAGUAAUAUUAAAUAAAUUCAUUGUAUUAAAAGAUGGUUGUCCCACUGUCUCCUUUGCUUGGUCUUCAUGGUGAGCCUGACAGGGUAAUUAUAGUGCUGGACUACCUAUCUAUACUCUAGAUUUAUCCCUUCAAACAUCAACAUAUUUGUUCGCUUUGUUAAGUAGUCGACGUUCCACGGACAAUGCUUCAUGGAACAAAGAACGCUUAAAAGUUGUUCACCUAGUGAUUAACAGGAAGAGCCGAAUCGCCUGUUGAUUAUAUCAUCACCAUUAAGAAGAAAUAACGCUGCAAUCUAGAAGUUGUAUACAAAGAACAAGAAUCAUUGCCAUUGCUGGGAUGUCAUGAUGAUGAUCUAAUGUAUUUGCCCAUUAUAAUUGAUCGCAAGCUAGUCCCUUGACCACCUUGAUGUCCACAUUUCUUACAGUACAAGCAAGGCGAAAAUAGUUUCGCCGAUAUCUCAUGUCUCUGGUGGAUUUCAGUGGUCAAAAAUCCUAUUGCUUGAUUCCAAGAAUUUGAUUUUUAUGAAGAUGGUUGCGCAAUUCCCAGCUUGUUGCGCCAGGAGUACAAAUUCAGAAGACUACAGCAGGACGAUAUGGAGCAGACUGCAGACAGUGACAACCUUGUUUGAUAUUUCUUAGGGGACCGACUCUAUGUCCUCCUCACCAUCAAGAUGAAUUUUCUGAGCAUGAUGUCGAUGGAUUUUCACUCGUGUUGGUCCUCGACUAUUAGUACUCACCCAAAUUUAGUCUACGCCUCCAAAAGUAAAAAUAGCAAACCACGCGAU